AAACCCCCCCAAAGCUCAAUCAGAAGCACUGAUUUUAUCAAAUUUUUUUGUAACCUGAACCUGCCGAAAACUGUGUUGUUUGACCACAAUAUAAACCCCACGUUCUACACCUUUCUCUUCUACCCCACUUCUCUUUCCUCUCUCCCCUCUCAACCAAUUUUUGACCUUGAAAGCCUUUUUUCUACCGCUCUCUCUGCAGGUAAUUGGAAUCCCAGGUUAAAAUUUUGAUGGUUGUAUUCAUUCAUCAAACAAUCGCCUGUUCGCCCGCCAAGGAAUUUAUGAUCAGUUUCUUGGGUUUUUGUUCGAAUUGGACAAACUUCUGGGAAAUUAGGGCAGGUUUUGUAAUAACAUCAUUUGAAACACAUUCAUUAGCUUCGGACAGAUUGUUUGUAUAUCUGAGUACAGGAGAAAGGAAAAAACACAGAGAAGAAGGGGUAGUACGUGCGUAGAUAUGUAGUAAAACCGGCUUUUGAAUUCUUAUUCCAUUCAAUUCCAUCGUUUUCCAUAGAGAGAUUGGAUUGAAUGGCAGUAGAUUGUCAUCCCCUGACGCCAUGCACGUCUGGGAUGGAGAGCCGGGAAGGGGGAGAUCAUGCCCAUAGGGUAGAGUCGAUAGAACCACCAACAACAACCGGCAGCGAGAAGGCGGAGGUGGAGAUGGAGGCGGGGCCGGUGGUGUACAAGAAAGGGGCGUGGAGCAAGGAGGAGGACGAGAAACUUAAACGGGCGGUGGAUGAGUAUGGGGUCAGGAAUUGGGUGGCGAUCGAGAAGUUUUCGGGCCUGGCUAGGCCCGCCAAGAAUUGCAGGCUACGGUGGUUGAACUAUUUGAGACCGAACCUGAAGAAAUACCCUUUCACGCUGGAGGAGGAGAACUUGAUUCUUGAUUUGCAUUCCAAAUAUGGCAACAGCUGGUCUCGCAUUGCCUCCAAGCUACCUGGGAGAUCAGACAAUGAGAUCAAGAAUUUCUGGCACAAGAGAGCCAAGAAAUGCCAGAAACACCACCUUCCAAUCUACCCAACUGCGCAAGAAGAACAACAGCAGCAGCAGCAAAGCCAUACACAUGUCUCCAACAAAAACCUCAACGCCGACCAAGCCAACGCCAACGCCAACGCCAACGCCAACGAAGAUUAUUUCCCCAAUAUUCCCACAAAUUAUCCCAACCAUACACUCCCCUCCACCUCCAAUAUUCACUCCCCUGAAUUUCAGCCUAAUCUACUCAACACUUCAUCUCAUCCAACUAAUUCAUCCUCCAUCGUCCAUUCACCUCAGAGUCUCAACCCCACACCACAAUUACCCCAAUUCGUCCCACCCGGUAGCCUCGCGUCGCCCCACAAACAGAGUCCUGCGAGUCAGUUGACUGAUCAGACACCUCUGCUGCCUAAUACUCCAACUUCUCAAACUCAGAACUUGCUCAUUUCUCCGCAACAACAUAGUCAGCUGACUGAUACGGCGCCUCAUGUUCAAGGCCCUUUGUUGUGGCAAGAUGGUAGCAGUUCCAAUACAUUCACACCGCUUAGGAAACCUCCGAUUCUUUCCUCCCCAGAUAGCUGCCUGAGGCGGUUCUCAAGAGCCACGAAUCAGUUGCCUCCAACGGAUAAUGUAUCUGGUUCAACACACUCAGUUGUGAAUGCAUCACCAUUUCUACCUUCAGAUCCGUCUCUGCAAAUCCCAUGGUCAUCGCCUGCGGAGUCUCCAAGGUCGCUCCUGAAGCUGAAAUUGUCGGCUGGAGGUCCAGCAUCGUACUCCGUGCAUAUGAGCACGCAAACAACUGAUGCCCCGGUGGCUUCAUUGUCUGCAUUCCAGUUGAAACCGCCUACGCCUCCUCUUUCGCCACUCAAACUGCGUUUGUCGAUCCCCAUACAUUCAGAAUCUGGUUUCCAGUUGCACUCAUCAAUCCCAGAUUCGACAGCUCCAGUUUCAGCCCCACAAUUGAAGCCAUCAUCUUGCAGCCAGGAUUUGCCUACAAUUCAACCAAUGUCACUUGAUGCCAAUCGUUCCAUUCCUCUGAAUUCAUCUCUUGAUGUCACAAAUAUGCCCCCUUCGAUCCAAUUUUAUCAACCAGCAAUGCCAGAAAUGAAUAGUUCCACACAUGAAGUGGAAUCUGAUAGCCAUUUGGAGAUCAUGGAUGAACUCAGGGAGGCUGAAGCAAGGGUAAGGUUCCUGAAAAAUAAGUUGAAGGAAAGAACAAAUCCAAACAAGACAACUUUGAUCAAGGAGAGUUCAAGAAAAGAACAGUUCUUCGGUGAAGACCAAGAAACAACUGAUUUAUAUGGCAGAGGAAUGAAAGCAGUUCUCCUAGACGGAAAUUCAAGCCAGAGAACGAUAAAAGAUUGCUUAUCACGAACAAGUUCAAAAACACAAAGUUUCAUUGAAGAAAUAUUGAGGGUGAGUGAACCAACCAACAACUCGAGGACAAACGAGACACUGAAAAGAACCAGAAGCUGCGACAUGAUUGGCGUCUCAGAAACGGCAACUUUACAGAUUACCAGCGACAUGGAAGAAAACAGAUUGUGCAAACUCCAAAAAACGGGUAAUUCGGAGAGUGGAAAACGUACACAAGAAAGCACAGACCUGGAACAAGUAACACAAAGUGAAAAUGCAGAAACAAAAAUUUUGAUGGACGAAAGGUUGCAGAGAGAAGACUUACUCAGUGAAAUCUUCAAGAGAGAAAGCUCCGCAACUUCCCAGGAGCAAAGGCACUCAAUAGCCUUUUUUGAUCAUCCUAAUAACCAAAACGCUGUCAGUGCUCCAAAUUCAGAUUCGUGGUGUAAUAAACCAUGUCAUUUUCAACUCCCUGCUGGUCAACGUUUGGAAGAAUGCUCUAUCACAGAAGGCUUAUUCAGUCAAAGCUCAACUGUUUCACCGGAUAGUUUCUUGAAGGGAGUACAUGUGCAUCUCAUAGAUGCAUUUACUCCAGUUUAUAGCCAAAGUACUGCAACUACUCUAGUAGAACCUGGUAAUGACAGCAGAAGCUAUCUGCACCACGAAGAAGGUGGAUGCUUUUCUGAUAGCUUAGGACGAGAAUUUUCUGAUGGCCUGGGGAAAAAAUUUACGGAAGCCGGUUUGAUGGGCGGUAAUUUGCCAGCAACAUCGAUGCUUUGUCAGUCAAACUUAUUGAUGCAUCAAUACCCUACAGCCAAUGUGCAAGAUUCCAGCUAUCUGGAUAGUAAGUCAAUGAUGGAACAAGAAUCUCUGGGAGGUGAACAAUUCUCUCUCCAAGCCUCAAGCAAAGGAAAUUCAGCCGAAUCAUUGAGACUUUGUGGAUCAAGUCUGCUACUGCAUCAACACCAAGCAGCCAAUCUGCUAGAUUCCAGCUAUCUGGUGGAACAAGAAUCUCCAGGGGGUGGACAAUUCUCUCUCCAAACCUCUGGGGGUGGAAAUUUGGGAGGAACAUCAAAGCUUUCUGAAUCAACUUUGUUACUGCAUCAACACUGUGCAGCCAACCUGGUAGAUUCCAGGUUUACGGUUGGUUUUCAACAUGAAUGUCUCCCGAGCGGACAAUACUCUGUCCAAACUUCUUCCGCUGGUGGAUUUUAUGAAGGUGACAUGAAGAUGGAACACAAAUCAGGUGAAACCUGGGAGCAACAGCCUUCUCGAGAACAUAGCUUGUUAGACAGCUUGUUGGUAGAGAACCUAUGGCCAGGAGGACAUUCACAUGAUCAGACUCUAUCAACAAACAGAGUUGACUCAGUUGUUGAGCCAAGCACAAAGACUCACUUAACAGAAUCCAAGAAUUGGAACGGUGAAUCAGGCUGCAGCCAUACAGGUGAAGUGCUAAAACAAGAGCACGAGCAAGACCACAUGAACAUGCCUGACGAGUUAUCCAGUCUGCUUGAGUUCUUCCCUACCACCAUCCAUACACUAGAAUGGUACAACAAUUGCAAUGCAAUCCAUGACGUAGAAGCUUCUAACGAGUACGACAUGGGCCUAGGUCUCCACAUGUCAUCAACAUCACAAUCACUAAUGACUAUUGCAGACUUUAACUGAACCUCCCUGAACAGCUUGACUUGCGCCCACCUAUGAUUCAACAAAAGCAGCAUUUUUACAAAUGAGAGUCUACUAUAAGUUACUGUAUUGUAGCAUUGGUGGUAAAGAUCGUAUUUCCACCUGGAGUUAUGUACAAUUAGAAAUUUUUGGUAAUACUACUAAAAUAUGAAAUAUAGCUCCUGAAGUUAAGAAAGGGAGAAAUAGCAGAGGCCGAUCGUUCUUAUUUCUUGUUGUUCUUAAUUUACAUUGUAUUGUAUUGCAUUUGGUCUAUACCAAAUCUACUGUUGAUAAUUUUCAACUUGUCACAAA